UCGCCUUCUGGAUUCACGAUGGAGGCAGCAGCAGCAGAAGAAGCAGGAACAGCCGCAGUGAAGGUCGGUGCUUGUGCCCCCCUCGUCAAGAUCGUCAUCGCUGUCGUUGCAGGUGUCGUUGUUAGUGGUGCCGUCAUUGGUGUGUCGGUUGGUCUGACUGUCGGAAACAAUGGAGGCGACGUCGAUGUAGUAGGCAAUUCAUUAACGACAUCAAAUGGCAGCACAACUGUAGUAAGGCAGACGACAUCCGGUUCAAACAAUGGCGGCACAACUGUAGCCGGGCAGACGACAUCCGGUUCAAAUAACGGAGGCGCAACUGAACCUGGGCAGACGACAUCCGGUUCGAACAACGGAGGCGCAACUGUAGCUGGGCAGACGACAUCCGGUUCGAACAACGGCGGCACAACUGUAGCUGGGCAGACGACAUCCGGUUCGAACAACGGAGGCGCAACUGUAGCUGGGCAGACGACAUCCGGUUCGAACAACGGCGGCAUAACUGUAGCUGGGCAGACGACAUCCGGUUCGAACAACGGUAGAAUAACUGUAGCUGGGCAGACGUCAUCCGGUUCGAACAACGGUGGCAUAACUGUAGCUGGGCAGUCGACAUCCGGUUCGAACAACGGUAGCAUAACUGUAGCUGGGCAGACAACAUCCGGUUCGAACAACGGCGGCAUAACUGUAGCUGGGCAGACGACAUCCGGUUCGAACAACGGCGGCAUAACUGUAGCUGGAAAGACGACAUCCGGUUCGAACAAUGGCGUCACAAUUGUAGCUGGACAGACGACACCCGGUUCAAACAGUGGCGGCCCGACUUUAGCUGUACAGACGACACCCGGUUCAAACAGUGGCGGCCCGACUGUAGCUGGACAGACGACACCCGGUUCAAGCAAUGGCGGCCCAACUGCAGCUGGAGAGACGACACCCGGUUCAAGCAAUGGCGGCCCAACUGCAGCUGGAGAGACGACACCCGGACGGACCAAUGGAGGUUCAGCUGUACCUGGGUUUACAAUACCUGGAUCAGGCAAUAGUGCAUCAACUGUAUCAAGGCAGACUAAACCCGGAAUAAACACAGCAUCAACAGGGGCAACGGUUAUUGUUCUACAAACAACAACACCGAAUGUAGUGUGUGCAUCAGGUUUUGAGAGGACCGUGGUGAUGAUGCAGUACUCUGGCAGCAGCAACCUCUUCUUCCGCGGCGGUCUCAGCGACACGAGGACGAACCCAGCUGGUGGCAAUACAGUUGAGUUGAGCUAUUCGAGUGACCAGCCCUUUGGUUCUUCUUCGGCCUUCGACAAGUACUAUUACCAGACCGGCGGAGACACGGCCCUGGACUGGAGCGGUGCCGAGGACGGACAGCGGCCGUACAAUGGCGUAGAGUUCUCCGAAGGUUCCCCGUCGGUAAAGACAACGAACGUUGUGGGUGAAGCCAACUAUUACUACCUUAACACUAUUGGCACCGACUACUGGGCGUGGGACACCUGUAUGCGAUGCAGCGACACCCCCAGCGGCUGGUUCGACGUCAAAGGCUUCACCGACGUUUGGGAGAGCGACAGGAACCAGCCUGCUGAAUGUGGCGGUACAGCAGACGUGAUUGACAGAACGAGACCUCACUCAAGCUCAAACCACAUUGCCCGUUGUGGCAAAAUCAACGUAUUUCAACAUUCUCAAAAUACCUGCACUAUCAAUAGCUUCACCGUGAAUAUGCCCAUCGUAUCAUAACAUGCGUGUUAAUGUCCAUUAUUCAUUUGUAAUAUCGCGAUCGACAAGCCCUUAACAUGUAUAUACAGUGCCUGCAGUAGGAGUGGGGUUGGAAGUGUGUUAUGACUUUAUAGCAGUUUAAGUGUGUUGUAAAUGAAGUACAUUUUAUAACUGCUGAGUGUAUACAAUACUACCUUACCAACAGACGAAGUCUGUUAUACCAUGCCAACAGACGAAAUAUGUUAUACCAUGCCAACAGAUGAAGUAUGUUAUACCAUGCCUACAGAUGAAGUAUGUUAUACCAUGCCAACAGAUAUAUAUUAUAUUAAGAUUAAGAUUAAUAUUAAUCAGCUAUUGUGCCUCGUUAUUUGCUGUUUCCAUAGUCUAGUAUCAAGGUAGCGUACCAAGCUCCAUCGACGUGUUAUUGACUAUACAUUGUAUGUAUCUUUUAACCAAACCCUGUGAUAUUGUUUCAACAAAAUUAAUGUUGAAGUGUAUUAUUUUUUCUAAUAAAACGUAUUUAAU